AUGGACAAGCUGCGAGCGCUGCAGAAGCGAUACGGACAGACGGCUGCCAAGCCGGGCCUGUCCACCAGCAGCGCUCUGCUGUCCACCUCGUCAGCGGCCGACUCCACCUCAUCGCUCGCCUCCCUGACCUCCAUCGCCGCCGCCACCAAGCCCAACCUCUCCUCUGCCGGUGGCGCGUCGAUUCAGGACCUGCGGGCGCGGCUCAGCACCGUUCUGCGUUCGGCCGGCGUGGCGACGUCGACGACUCCCGCCGCAGCGGGCGACGCCUCGACGUCGUUGUCAUCGGAUCUGGGCGCAGCCCCCGUGGCCCGUGGCCCGUCGGCUGCCUCGACGACCAGCAGUACGGCGACGGACGCGGUGCAGGCCCUCAAGGAGCGUCUGGCGCGCAUCAAGCACACGGCCGCCACUUCGACCAGCUCCCGGAGGAUUGCUUUGCGGUUGACCCUCCUCGUGUGGGCCACUCUCGAGUUCUUCCAAAAGCGGAUCACCAACCCACGCUAUGCAACCGACAUUGUGGCGCCCUUCACCGCCCUCCUCCACGACCCCACCACAACCGCCCGCUGGCGCGCUUUCGGCUCGGCCCUGUUCCAUUGGGCCGUCUUCUACCUGCCCACGGCCAUGAAUCUGGCCAGCUGCAUCAACGUACCGUCGGUCGAGGUACAACUGGGAUGGGUGGGCGUCACGGCGCCGGCGCUGCCGGUGGCACUGAUAGUGAUGGCCGACGUGGUGGCGCUGUUCUUCGCAGGCCAGGCGGGGUACCCCGACGCCACGGUGCCGGUGGUGGUGGUCUGGGGCCUGUCAGUGGUGAUCUUCAACAGCAAGACCACCCCGGAGAUCAUCAUGGCCUGCUGGAUAUCGGUGGGCGUACUCGGCUACAGCGCCCUGGCUGCUCUGGCCGCCGCAACCGCCGGCCAGCGGUCGACAGAGCAAUACAGGGCGGGCCACCUGCACUCCUGCAGCGGAGGCAACGUCAGCGAUGAGUGCUCACCACUUUUGACUGCUCCCUGA